UAAGUAGCACCCGAAGAACAGAAGCUAACGUUAGCUGACACUGGAGAGAUUUGAUGUUUCUUUAAAAGCGGAGCCAGGAAGGGAUUAAACACUUUCUCACUGCAUUACCAUGACAAGUUCAGGUGUUUAACAUCAUAUAGCAGCUGUCCCAGUGACUGCAGCACCGUUACUGUUCGCAGGUUUUAUUUCUGACACGAGCGUAACAAGCUAGCUAGCUUAACUUAAAGCGUUUUCAUUGAUAUGAAUUCUCUGGUUGGCUACGGAGUCUCUUCCGAGUCUGACAGCGAAGGAGAUGUUGACGAUGUAAACAACGAUAAAACUGGUUCAAGAAGGGAGGUGAGUGAGGAAGCAGCAGCCACCAGCAAGACCCGCAAUUUCUUACUGGAGUCUGGGUCAGCUUCCAGUGAGUCAGGUAGUGAAUCAGAACCAGAGGAAGAGGACACACAGCCCUCUCCACCACCACCACCACAUCCCCCACCAGCUGCAGCAACCACAGCCUCCUCUGCACCAUGUAGGCCCACACUCCCUGCUCCCUCUCUGAGCGCCCUCAAUCCCAGCAAACUACCCCCUCCUACUCUUGAAGCCUGCUCUGACAGCAGCGUGUUUGCCAACCCCUUCAAGGCUCAGGCGGACCAGAAGCUCAGUGCCUUGCAGAAGCAUGUCCCACUCACCAUGCAGGCUAAACCCUCCCAGAUAGGAGGCAAGAGGAUGUGUGUGGCAUACAGGAAAGAUGGAAGGUGCCGGUUCGGGAUCAAGUGCAAGUUUGCACAUGACAGUGACCUCCAGACUUCAGUCAUUCCUGGUGACAUUCGCCCUUCAUUAGGUACUGAAACACCAGUGUCUGCUCAGGUUGACUCCCAUGCAGGUGGCUCAUUUAGUGGGGGAUCUCACCGCUUCCAUGAGGAGGCAGAGGAGGAAGAGACUGAGGGGCAACAAGGGAGGAAGAGGAGGGCAGGAUUGAGUAACACCCUGAUUCCUCCCAAACGAGCCAUGAAGCAGUACGUUACACAGAGGGAUAAAGAGCGGCUCAGUAUGUCUUGAGAGAUGAUGUAUAAGCUAUGACAAUGUGCUGUCAGCAAUACAUUGAUAGUAUGUAAGAAAUGUAGUGUGUAUUCCGAGUAUGUAUCUGAAUAGAAUUUAAGGAUGCACCAAUAUCAGCUUUAUCAGUGUCAAAAUCCAUAUCAAAUACAAGUCUUUAAGAAUCAGUUGAUACCUGCUGAGUAUCAAUCUGAUCCAUUACUUUCACUGAACAGUAUAAGCUUGGACCAUUAGUUUGAAAUCACUGGGAAAAAUUUUUGUAAAUCCUUCUUUUUCCCACAAAAUAGUCUUGUGUGUGUCAUAGAUAGACAAAGUCAGUAGUUUUUUGUUUUUUUUUUAAUGUCUGACAUGUUACUCAGGUAUUGGGUAUUAGUCUUGGAUAAAAAUACUGAUACUUCAUUUUAGCCCAGUGUUAGCACAAUACUAAAUCCAGUAUCGGUACUGGUGCAUUCCUUGUAGAAUGUGUUUCCCCAUCCUAUAAUUGAUUAACUUAGGCAUUUCAUUGUGUUUGAAAAGUUUUAGAGAAAAAAAAACACUUGAUAUUUUGUUCUUCAGAAUUAUACUGUGCAACAAAGAAUGAAUACACUUCCUGUAAAUGUUUAGACAUUUAUUUACAUCAUACAAAUGAACAGUUUUUGUGUCUGCUCUACCACACAUCCUACAUCACGAAUCUGAAGGGUGUAGAUUCAAAAUUGAUACA